AUGACUGAACAUGAAAAAAGAACUGCAUUAUCAACACUUUGUUUUACUAAAAAAAAAGGUUUAUCAAUCGAUGAUGCUCAAGCAGCAGCCUUAGUUUUAUCAUUUUAUACAGGUACAAAAAGUGAAGCAGUUAGUCGUGGUACUAGUCUUGUAGCUCGUCAAGUUAAUGAACAAGUUGUUGAAACUAAAACAAAAGAUGAAAUGAAUGAAACUGCUGUUAUACUCUUUUAUUUACAUGAAGUUUGUUAUCAUGAAAAUCAACAUAUCAUUUAUAUGAGACAAGUUGAAUUAGAUCUUUCGAAAUGGUCAGUUUUAUGGGUUGAUAAUAAUAUAUUUGAUAAAAAUUGGGAAAAUAAACAACAUAUGGAAACAGCAGCAGCUAAAGCACUUAAUCUUAAUGUUCAUUUUAUUCCAAAAUCAACAACAAAUAGUGUUUUGUCAUUUCUUCGAUCAUCUUUUGGACAACGCUUAAAAAAUCAAGAUACAUUUCGAAUUGUAACAGAUAUGACACGUUAUAUAAUGAAAAGGUCUUGCCUCUGUAUUGAUGAUCGUAGUGACUCUGGACCUAAAUGGGACUCGUUUAAAUCGACAUGGGGUCCAAAUCCUCUGAGACAAUUUCUCGGACAACGCUUCAUAAAAGACAAUGAUAUUGCUUUGGUGUUGAUCUAUGAUAUAAAAGGUAGCAUUGCUGGUGUACAAUUAGCACUUCCUGUCUCCAUGGCCAAAACAAAAUAUUAUAAAUUUGAUACACAGAAAAUGUAUAAUCGAGCUACAGUUGCAGGCAUCGAUUCUUAUGUUUUGACAGCAUAUUUUGUCGAUCCACAAACCAUUUGUACAUCAGGUCGAGAUGAAGCCCGUCUUAAACUCGAGGGUUCAGGUAGUGGUCUUUGGCUACAAAAUGGACCUGAUCCUAUUCGCGACUCAGUUCAAUCACCAUUGUAUGAAAAUACAGUCAAUACAACGAAAUGGGUAUUGGGCUCAUGUUUUCCAUCGAUGGGUGUUCAUUAUUGGUAUGACAAUCGACUCGACAAUAAAUGUGACGAAAUCUUUCCUGUCUUUCUCUUGUAUAACAAAGGCAAAUUGACAGGAUUCGGAUGGGGUCUUGCCGGCAAAUAUGAUUAUUCAAAACGAACAGAAUCUGUACCGUAUGGAGCAGUUUCGAAGUUUAUGAGAAUCGUACCAACCUGCUUGGAAAAAUUUUUCGAAGAUAUUGGUGGAUUCACAGCUAUGCAUCAUUACUUCAAUACAGCUCCAUGGAAUCUGCUCUGUUAA